AUGUCCUCAACAACAGUCAUAGUCGGCGCCGGCAUCGUCGGCUCUGCUCUCGCCCACUUCCUCUCGUCCUCAUCCUCUCGCCGUAAAAUAAUCUUGAUAGACCACUCCCUAUCCCCCCUCCAAGGCUCAACAGCCCACGCACCAGGCUACAUAGGCCAAUUCAACGAAUCCUCCACUCUUACUCGCCUCGCGAUCGACAGCGUGACCGAAUACGCCAAAAUUCCCAAUGGAUUCGAAUUACUUGGUGGAAUUGAAGCUGUCGCAACGCAAGAAGCGGUUUCGAGAUUGCAGGCUAGAUGCGACAUGGCUGUUCAGAGAGGUUUACCGGCGAGUAUGAUUACGCCCGCGCAGGCGGCGGGUUUGGCGCCGGAUUUGGUCAGACAGGACGAUAUACAAGCUGCGCUGUAUUUUGCGACGGAUGGGGUUGCGAAUGCGACUGUUAUAACGUCUUUUUAUCAGCAAGAGGCGAGGAGGAAGGGAGUUGAAUUUGUGGAGGGAGUUGUUGGUGGUAUCAGAUAUGGUGAAAUUGGGGAAGUGGUUGGUGUGGAAGUUGAAGAGGUUGUAGAGGACAAAAAAGCAGAAGGAAUCGACGACCAGCGUGCGACAAGGAUCAAGAUCAAGAGAGUUGUCGAAACAGACACGCUGAUCCUAGMAACCGGGAUAUGGACACAAGACCUCUGCGCAGAGCUGGAUAUCCCCAUCCCCAUCAUUCCCGUUGCGCAUCCAUACAUGUACAUCAAACACGACCGUUCAAACGACGACGACGCUUCAACGAAAAGCAUCUCAUCCCCUCGCUCAGCAUCAUUGCGCUCUCCCUUGGGAUCGCCUUUAUCGUCAUCGUCCUCACCAAACGCCAAUCGAAAAUCACCUCUCUCCCCAAGACUAAACGACAAACCAAGCCCCUGGAUCCGCUACCCAGAACAUCAAGUUUAUGCCCGCGACCAUGGACCCUUUUACGGCGUCGGGACCUACGACCAUGGUCCAGCUAUGUGCUGUGAGCCGAACGACCACGUCGCUAUUGGGCCUUGGCAGGAUGAGGUAUUCAACGCUGCCUUGGAGAGAGCAAAAACMCUCUUGCCGAUUCUAGCCACUCUCGAAGGUGGCAAGAAGGACUCGCCGAUGGCGGGAGGGUUGAGUGCAAUGCCGGAGACGAAGUUCAAUGGUCUUUUUGCAAUGACGCCUGACAAUUUACCGUUAGCUGGAAAGGUGGAUGAGCGAAAGGGGCUGUUCCUGUGUGCGGCUGUAUGGGUUACGCAUGCAGCUGGUGUGGCUAAAUUUGUUGCUGGAUUAGUUGAUCGCGAAAAUCACAAUGAGGAAAGAGGAAACCUGGAUGAUGCUGUUCGAGACUUGGAUCCUGGGAGGUUUCAGGGUAGAGAUUGGGAGGUUUUGAAGGAGCAGUCUUUGAAGGGAUAUAGUCAGAUUUAUCAUACUGGCGAAAAUUGA